GCCUUUCUGACUUUCUGGCUUGUCAUAGCAGGAAAAGUACAAGUGUAAUUAAUUACCACGCUGACAGCCGCCUCCUCUGCCUGUAUGGAGGGAACCUCUCUCAGCUCUUCCAGCAUUUAGUGAGACACAACGUUGGCUCGUGCAGCAACAGAGGACCAGUUAUUCCCAUUGUGUAUGACCAUGGAGACAGUCCACCAAAAUGUUCUAUGGACCCAAUCCAAGAGACAUGUUGUACCUCACGCUUUUGUUUUCGGUGGUUUUGGUGUUAGUGGAAGAUGCUUCACUUACUACAUUACAAAUAGAAAAUUUCAUUUCAGAAAAUGAAGAGCUGGCGCACACAGAAGCCAUCAGGGAUGUUGAGAUGACUCAGAACCUCACCAGGACAAACUUUGAACAUUUGGUGAAACUGAGCAACAGGUCCAGCUAUGUAGCAAGGAGCUGUAAGGAGAUCAGGGACAGAUAUAAUGAACAUGAAGAUGGGCUGUACUACCUGACCACUGCUAAUGGCAUGGUCUACCAGACUUUCUGUGAUAUGACCACUGCGGGAGGCGGCUGGACGCUGGUGUCGAGCGUCCAUGAGAACAACAUUCAUGGAAGGUGCACUGUGGGCGAUCGCUGGACGAGCCAGCAGGGCAACGAUGCUAACCUGCCAGAUGGAGACGGCAACUGGUCCAACAGAAACACCUUUGGAGCAGCAGAGGGUGCCACCUCAGAUGAUUAUAAGAAUCCAGGUUACUAUGAUAUCGUAGCAGAAGACAUGUCUGUGUGGCAUGUUCCCAACAACUUCCCACUGCAACACUGGAACAUGGCAGCCAUCCUCCGCUACCACACUGACAACCACUUCCUCCGUCUGUAUGGAGGGAACCUCCUUGAGCUCUUCAAGCAAUAUCAAGUGAGAUACAACGUUGGCUCGUGCAUGAACAGAGGGCCAGCUGUCCCCAUUGUGUAUGACCAUGGAGACAGAGAGUCCACCAAAAUGUUAUAUGGACCCAGUGCAAGAGCGGAGUUUGAACCAGGUUUCAUCACGUUCAGAGCAAUAAACAAUGAACGUGCAGCCAUGGCUAUCUGCUCCGGGGUCAAGGCGACUGGAUGCAACACUGAACAUUACUGUAUAGGAGGAGGUGGAUAUUUCGAUCCUAUUCAGUGUGGGGACUUCCCAUCAUUUGAGUAUGAUAAAUUGGGAGGGCAGCAAGGCUGGAGCGCUUCCAGAGAGAUGACUGAAGCUGCUGUUUUACUCUUCUACCGCUGAGAGGACUAUUUGCACAUGUACAGCUUCUAACUAUAACAUAAUCAACAUUCAGAGUUGUAGCCAUAUUGGA